CUUCCAAAGGCAAUCGACCAGCAUCCAUUUCCACAGAGGUAAACAGCCAGCGUGGCAUUCAGGCGCUAACAAUGGAACUCUGGGGGGGAGCAUGGCAUCGUAUGGGACGCAGACUGCUUUGUGGGACGGCAAGGGAAAAGUCUCUUGGCGGCGAGCGACCCCUUCCUACGCCUGUUUGUUGUUGUCGUUACAUUCGACAGGAAGGGGAGAGGUAGAUCCAUCAGCUACUGGCGUACUGGAGAUGUUGAGCGAAGGGAUCUUUAUUUCUGUUAUUUUAUGGUUAUUCUAAUUACGUUUUUUCUUUUCUUGUCUUUUCUUUUCUUUUUUUCUUAGUUCUCGUGACUGUCACUUAUUGUUUUUUUUUAUUUCGUUGAAGACAGGGCACUGACCAACUAAUCAAGAUAAAAGUGGGCGUGGUCAUCAAGGACGUGGCCGAAGUCGUCGACGAUGUGGGCGUGGUUAGUCGUCAGCGUCGCCGUGGUCGUGCACGCAGCAGCCACGACCGACACACAUAACACCUCGACGAUAAACGUUCCGUCGGAACUUUUAAUCCAGUUACUGGAUGUGAGUCGAGCCUUACAAAAGUUGGUUCCCACGAACGCCGGAGCCAGUGUGGACGCUGCCACGGCUGAGGAGGCCCUUGCCCGAGCCGACGACGCGGGCUACAACUCCCUCCUGUCGCUGGCGCUGCGACACCACGCCCUCCUGCAGCAGAAGAACGAGGACCUCCUCAUUCAGCAGGGCCGCUGCACCGCCAGGAUCGAGGCGCUGCAGGAGGACAAGCAGGAACUCCGCGAGCAGCUGGAGGAGUACAAGCAGCAGAUCCAGUACCUGUUGAACGGCAGGCCGCCCUCGACGCCGCCGACCGCGCCGCCUGCCGCAGAGGCCACCACGGAGUUCGACUUCGGCGGGCUGGUGCUGGAGGAGAAGUGCCCUUGUAGAGUGGGCGGAGCCGAGGACGAGGCGGAGGACUGCGCCUGCUCGCCGCCCGCCAACGCCACCGACGCCCCGCCCACCACGCAGGAGACCAAGAUACUCGGGGGCAACGCCAGAGUGCGGGACUGCGCGGGCCACCAGAGCGAAGGGUCCACCGAGAGCGGCAUUUACGAAAUCUUCCCGCUGGAAUGCAAGGCCGUCCGCGUGUGGUGCGACCUCGAGACGGACGGAGGAGGCUGGACCGUGUUCCUGAACCGCGUGGAACAACCCCUUCAGGAGAACUUCACCAGGACCUGGAACGACUACCGGGACGGGUUCGGUGACGUGUCUGCCGAGUACUGGCUAGGGAACGAGGUCCUCCACCAGCUGACGAUGCGAGAGCCGCAGGUCCUCCGCGUGGACGCCGAGGACUUCAACGGCAGUCGGCGGUGGGGCGUCUGGUCGCGCUUUCGGGUCGACGACGAGGAGCACAA